GUCUGCUUCUGUUGGUGAUGUACCAUCACCGGAAGAGUUGUGCGUUUGCGCCGUCUCUCUAAGCUAGUUAGCUAACGUAGUGAUCGGGCCACCGUACAAACCGUAUUAAGACAAAAUGGCAGGGUUGCCUCGGAGGAUCAUUAAGGAAACACAGCGCCUACUGGCAGAGCCUGUACCAGGGAUUAAAGCCGAACCAGAUGAAGGGAAUGCCCGCUACUUCCAUGUGGUCAUCGCCGGGCCCCAGGACUCCCCCUUCGAAGGGGGCACCUUCAAACUUGAACUCUUUCUGCCAGAAGAGUACCCCAUGGCAGCCCCGAAAGUUCGGUUUAUGACCAAAAUCUACCACCCCAACGUGGACAAGCUGGGUAGAAUAUGUCUAGACAUUUUAAAAGAUAAAUGGUCCCCAGCGCUGCAGAUCCGUACAGUCCUGCUGUCCAUCCAGGCUUUGCUCAGUGCUCCAAACCCAGAUGACCCUCUCGCAAAUGAUGUGGCAGAGCAGUGGAAGAGCAAUGAAGCCCAAGCCAUUGAAACAGCUCGGACAUGGACCAGGCUGUACGCUGGAAACAACAUUGAAGUCUAAAAAGAAAGAAAACCUGAAAAAAAGAAGAUUUAGAGCGUGAGUGUAAAGUGCUCUCGUUCUGCCAAGAUCCUACUCCUUUCUUCGUUUGCAUUUAAAGGACACUGUCUCAGACAAAAUGUAAAAAAAAAUCAUUAAGCAAAAAACUACAGAAUAUAUAUUAAGUAAGAAAAAAUACAACCACACCUUUACAGACUACUGCAGACCUUUUGGUUAUUUCAAGAGGCGUUAGUGAGGCAUUGGUUCCUCGUCCCACAUUCACAGCACCCAAGGCUUAUAUAUCGCUUGCUACACACCACACGGUUGUUUUCUGUAUCUCUGUGGAUGGGUCACCAUAUUUUGACGCCCCAGCCUUGCUUUAGGCCCACCGGUGUGGAGGUUCCAAACAUGGGUUAGCGUCCUCCAUUAUCCCGAUUAAAUAACUUGAAUCAUGUAGGGGUAGUUGGGGUGUUGGUGCUACAUUUAUGGGGAAAAAAAAAAAACAUUGACCACUCUCUUAAUGAAAUGGCUGCUACCGGACAGACUAUGCUCAUCACAAAAUGGCUGUUACUGUCUGUAGCGCUUCACCCUCAAGCUGCUCUUGUAUUUGGAACCCCAUUUGUAGAACUUGCAGUAUAGGUAGUAACAAGGGAGAGGGAUGGUCAGCUAGUGGCCUUCUGGGCAGGGUUAAAAACAGAGGGUGGGGUGGGAUAGGAUGUAGGAUGGGGCGGGGGGGCCUGCAAAAGGAUGUACUUUUUACUUUGUUUUAAUGUUUUUCCCCCUUACUCCCUUUCUGUGAAGCCUAGGUUCAUUAUACGCAUGCAGUUAACCAGCUUAGAAUUUGACCUUACAGACAAUGCUGUGUGGGAAUGUUGAGAAUGAUGCUUGUCCUUUUUUUUUUUUUUUUUUUUGUUUUGUUUUAAUUAUUAUUGUCCUUUUUUAUUGGGGCUGAGGAUCCAGUCAGUGACAUUGAAACUGUGUGGGGGGAGAGGCACACUGCAACACUAUAGCAUCAGUAACAUGCCGAGCCCCCUGUAGGCUUGUGUGGCUUCUGUACGGCUCUGUCUGUCUGGGGAAACUGAAAACUGUAAAUGUUAUGUUUUAGUAAAAUAUUUUUUGUUAUGCUA